GAAUUGAGUAUUUCGUGUUCUCUUGAGACGACCACAUGUAAACAUAAAACAACGUGGUUUUUGCGUUUGCAUUUUAAUUGUGUGAAACUAGGACCACUGUGUCUGUAAACUGAUUUUUCGUCAUAAGUACUUUGACACAGCGAUUGCAAAGAUUUAAUUUUAAAAAUGGGACGUAAGGCGAAAUUUGGAGAGGAAAAACAGAAAAAGGGGCCCGGUAGAAAAGCAAAGAAGCAGGGCGAUCCAUCAUUUCCAAAGCAUCUUACAGAGGAUGGUAUUACCUUGAAGAGAAAUUCGCGUCACCAAAGACUGCGAGCCAAGUUAGCUCAGCGAAAAAUUCAAGAGAAAGAAGCUGCCAAAACAAAAAAGAAAGAAAACAGGCAGCCUAAGAAUGGAAAUGCAGAGGCCAAAGCUGCACUCAAUAAGAAGCACCCUAAAGAAGAAGAUUUGCUUGAGAAACAGGAUGAGCUAGACAGUGAAGGAACUACGGAAUUUAGUGACAGUAGCGAGGAGGAAAUUGAAAAGCCUCAGAAGAAAAAGCUCACGAAGACUGGCAAGAAAACUGUUGACGAUGCAUCUAAAACUAAAAAGAAGCCUCUCUUCAAAGAAGACGAAAGUGAGGACCAUGAGAGCGACGAUGAGUUCGAAGACAAAGACUUGGACAUUCCUGAUGAUGAUUUCGGAUCAGCAGAGGAGGAUGAGGGAGUUGAAGGGGAAAGUGGUGACGAAGAAGAGGAAGUUAGUGGAGAGGAAGACGAAGAGAGCGACCAAGAAGAAGUGGAUGAAGCGGAGGAAUCCGACGGAGUUUCUGACAAUGACCAAGACGAUGAAUCUGGAGAUUCUGAUGACGAUGGUUUGCUUCCAAUUGAAAGAGCAAACAAAAAGUUGAAGAAGAAGAUGGCAAAGGAAAAAGCUGAAGCUGCAGCAGAAGAAUUAGAAAUGAAUGUCACCACACAUGACGUCUUCCAGUUUCCUGGAAGUGAGGAAUCAGACAAAAUUGAAGGUUUGCAAGACGUUCAGCAAAGAAUGAAAGAUGUCAUUAUGGUGCUCUCCGACUUCAAACGUUUAAGGGAACCGGACAGGAGCCGCAAAGACUACUUGGCUCUUUUGCUGAAGGAUCUCUGCCUCUACUACAGUUAUAAUGAGUUUCUAAUGGAAAAGCUCAUGGACAUCUUUCCUCUUAGCGAGUUGAUGGAAUUUCUAGAGGCGAGUGAAGUUACUCGUCCGGUUACCAUCAGAAGUAAUUCUCUAAAAACAAGACGAAGGGACCUUGCUCAGUCCCUCAUUAGCCGCGGUGUUAAUCUGGAUCCGGUCGGUAAAUGGACCAAGGUUGGUCUUGUUGUUUUCAACUCGCAAGUGCCUGUUGGUGCCACCCCAGAAUACCUUGCUGGCCACUAUAUGCUUCAAGGAGCAUCCAGUUUGCUUCCCGUGAUGGCCCUUGCACCUCAGGAGAACGAACGAAUUUUGGACAUGUGUGCUGCCCCAGGAGGAAAAGCGUCACACAUCGCGGCUGUAAUGAAAAACACUGGUGUUCUAUUUGCAAAUGAUGCAAACAAGGAGAGAAUAAAGUCCGUUGUUGGCAAUUUCCACCGUCUUGGAGUGGUAAAUUCUGUUAUCACAAACAUUGAUGGACGAAAGUAUCCUCAGCUGAUGAAAGGUUUUGAUCGGAUUUUGCUGGACGCCCCAUGCACAGGCACUGGUGUGAUUUGCAAAGAUCCCAGUGUCAAAACCAACAAGGACGAAGCCGACAUUCAAAAAUGCACCAACCUCCAAAGGGAGCUCAUUCUUGCUGCAAUCGACUGCUUGAGUCCAGCUAAUAAAUCGAAGAGUGGUGGCUACCUUGUGUAUUCCACUUGUUCUAUUUUGCCGGAGGAAAAUGAGGCAGUAGUUGACUUUGCUCUUAAGCACAGAGAUGUUCGACUUGUUCCCACAGGCAUUGAUUUUGGCGUGGAAGGUUUUGUUAACUUCAAACAGAAUAGGUUCCACCCAAGUAUGAAAUUAACCAAGAGAUUCUACCCACAUGCGCACAACAUGGAUGGUUUCUUUGUUGCUAAGCUGCAAAAGCUUUCGAAUACUGUUCCGAAGUCGAGGAAGGAGAUGAGAAUUGAGGAGGCGAAAGAAGAACAGGAAAAUGAGGAUGAUGCUCCCAAACAAAAGAACAAGCAUAAGCAGAAGAAGCGUGCAGCAGAAACUGAAGAUUCUGAGCAGGAAGUCCAAAAGGAAUCUGUAAAGCCUCCUAAGAAGAAGCAGAAAGUAGCAAACGGGCAGCCCGAUGGAUUAUUCAUUCUUCCCAAAAAAGAUCAGCUUUUGCAAAAGGAAAACGCUAAGGGAAAACCCGGCCAGAAGAGCAAGGGUUCAAAUGGGUUGGGUAACAAACCGUCGCCUAAAAAGGCCAAGAAGCCAAACAGCGCCAAUGGUCAGGGGUCAACGACCCAAGCAGCAGCUUCUCCAAAGGGAAAAAAGGAGGAAAGAAAUUUUAAAAAAUAUAAAUCUAAGCAGCCUAAAAAAGGUUUGAAGAUGAAGAGAAAAUAAUCAUAAAACACUGAAGAAUGAUGAUUGUCAGGCCUCUUGCUUCCAAAAUAAAUACUUUGAAGCUAUA